UGGGAGCGUCCCUUACAAAAAAUUGGGAGCUACCAGAACCCUGACAGGCAUAUCCCUUUACAUGAAAGCAAAAAAACAGUCCAGUACUGUGACAACAAUGGGUUGGCUCAGCAAAAACGGUUGCUGCUAUGUUGCCCCAUGAAGCAUUCACCAUUGUUCGGAAGUCCUUUGAUGCGAGAAAGGUCGUGAAAGAGCCAAAGUUUAUGUACACUGUGGAUAUGGAUGUUGAGAAACUUCUGAGUUUGCAGCCUCGAGCUUGGGAUUUUGUUUCUCGUUUGGAGCCAAAAGUUGGAAUUGUGGAGCAUAUAUCUAGUGAAAAGGUUUCUGGUGACCUGAUCAGUGUCAUAAAACAACGUAAGCAAACUGAUAAUGAAAAGAUAUCUGAUGGAAAAGGAAAUGGCAUUAUGUCCCAGCAAUCUAUUACGUUACCAAGCCUGAAAAAGCCCAAAAUUGCAGUUGUUGGCAGCGGGCCUUCAGGUUUAUUUGCUUCUCUUGUACUGGCAGAACUUGGUGCUGAGGUUACCUUAAUAGAAAGGGGUGAGGCAGUUGAGAAGAGAGGAAGAGACAUCGGGGCUUUGGUGGUUCGCCGUAUUUUACAGUCAGAAAGCAACUUCUGCUUUGGAGAGGGUGGUGCAGGUACUUGGAGCGAUGGGAAGUUGGUAACUCGAAUUGGAAGGAAUAGUGACAGUGUCCAGGCUGUUCUGAAAACUCUGGUUCAAUUUGGUGCUCCAGCAAAUAUCCUAAUUGAUGGAAAACCUCAUCUGGGGACUGACAGGCUAGUUCCAUUGCUGCGCAACUUUCGGCAGCACUUGCAAUCACUGGGUGUCAAUAUCAUGUUUGGCACUAGGCUGGAUGAUCUAGUUGUAGAGAACAACCAGGUUGUAGGGGUCAAAAUUUCUAGUGCAAAAGCUGACUCAGAAGUUGGCACUCAGAAGUUGGCCUAUGAUGCUGUCAUUCUUGCAGUUGGGCAUUCAGCACGUGAUGUUUAUCAGAUGCUUCUCCAACAUGAUGUACAAUUGACCCAAAAAGACUUUGCUAUUGGUUUACGAAUUGAGCAUCCUCAGGAACUUAUAAACAACAUACAGUACUCUGAGUUGUCUAACCAAGUUCUAGAUGGGCGUGGAAAAGUGCCUGUUGCCGACUACAAGGUGGUAAAGUAUGUAAGUGAAGAGAAUAGUGGAACCGCCAAGAAUCAAAGGGAAGCAAAUCGAAGUUGUUAUUCCUUCUGCAUGUGUCCUGGUGGGCAGGUAGUUCUUACUAGCACUGAUCCAUCAGAGAUUUGCAUUAAUGGCAUGUCAUUUUCCAAACGUGCAUCUAAAUGGGCGAAUGCAGCACUUGUUAUCACAGUUUCGUCUAAAGAUUUCAAUGCAUUGCAAUGUUAUGGACCUCUGGCUGGGGUAAAGUUCCAGAAAAUCUUUGAAAGAAAAGCAGCUAUCAUGGGAGGCGGCAGAUUUGUUGUGCCUGCACAAACAGUUCCUGACUUCCUUGAAAACAAAUUGUCAGUGACCACUUUGCCACCAUCGAGUUACCGAUUGGGAGUAAAGGCAUCAAACCUUCACGACUUGUUCCCUGCUACUAUAACAGAAGCUUUGCAGAGGUCUAUCACAAUGUUUGAUGAAGAGCUUCCAGGAUUUAUAUCCAAGGAUGCUCUUCUUCAUGGAGUAGAGACAAGGACAAGCUCUCCAGUUGAAAUCCCACGUAGCAACGAGACUUACGAGAGUGUAUCAUUGAAGGGAUUGUUCCCAAUUGGAGAAGGGGCGGGAUAUGCAGGUGGGAUCAUGAGUGCUGCUGUUGAUGGUGUUUAUGCCGGUUUUGCUGUUGCCAAACAGCUUAAUUUGUACACAGGAGGGGUAGAAUCACUAUUGGGCAAAGCUCAGAAAGAGACAGGAUUUGUCAAGUACUAAAGCAAAAAAUGACCACCAAUUUUGGUUUGAAACACUAGCUCGGUGGUUGAAGCAUGAAGGCUGCAACACCAUUAAAAUUUCAUUUCCCAGCCAACUUAACCGACCUCCCAUCUUCCAGCGGAGAAAAAGCCACCAAUUUCAGCACAAGAAAUCAAUGGAAAUCUUUUGAAAGGAAGUUGAUUGCAUGCGGAUGUUGUCCACAAACCAUUUUUCAACAUAAAAAUCUGUCAUAUUGCUUUUACUUGAAUUUCUAUUGGGAAGUUAAAUGGAAAUUUGCGGGACAGCUGUU